AAACGGCGGGGGCGCGGGACACGGCCUCCCCAGCCCGCCGCCUGCUUGGGGUCAUGUCCCGUGCCGGGGCGGGGCAGGCCCCGGCCGUCCAGUUCCUGAUUCUAUAAGCCGUGCCAGGGGCUGGUGGCGCCACAGGCGCGGGGAUCGCGGGCGGCCCAAGAUGGGCCCGCGCGGCGCGGCAAGCCUGCCCGGAGGCUCCAGCUCGUGGCGGCCGCUCCUCCCCGCCAUCCUCCCGCCGCUGCUGCUGCUGCUGCUGCUGCUGCCGCCGCCGGGCUCGGGCGCCGGGGCCGACCGGCCUCCCCACCUGGUCUUCGUGCUGGCGGACGACCUGGGCUGGAACGACGUGGGCUUCCACGGCUCCUACAUCCGCACUCCGCACCUGGACGCGCUGGCGGCCGGCGGGGUGCUCCUGGACAACUACUACACGCAGCCGCUGUGCACACCAUCGCGGAGCCAGCUGCUCACCGGCCGCUACCAGAUCCGUACAGGUUUACAGCACCAAAUCAUCUGGCCCUGUCAGCCCAGCUGUGUUCCUCUGGAUGAAAAACUCCUGCCCCAGCUUCUAAAAGAAGCAGGCUAUACUACCCAUAUGGUCGGAAAAUGGCACCUGGGAAUGUACCGGAAAGAAUGCCUUCCAACCCGCCGAGGAUUUGAUACCUACUUUGGAUAUCUCCUAGGUAGUGAAGAUUACUAUUCCCAUGAACGCUGUACAUUAAUUGAAGCUCUGAAUGUCACACGAUGUGCUCUUGAUUUUCGAGAUGGUGAAGAAGUUGCGACAGGAUAUAAAAAUAUGUAUUCAACAAACAUAUUUACCAAAAGGGCUACCGACCUCAUAACUAACCAUUCACCAGAGAAGCCUCUAUUUCUCUACCUUGCAUUCCAGUCUGUCCACGAGCCCCUUCAGGUCCCCGAGAAAUACCUGAAGCCAUAUGACUUUAUCAAAGAUAACAACAGGCAUCACUAUGCAGGAAUGGUGUCCCUUAUGGAUGAAGCAGUAGGAAAUGUCACUGAAGCCUUAAAAAGCCAGGGGCUCUGGAACAACACGGUGUUCAUCUUCUCCACAGAUAAUGGAGGGCAGACUUUGGCGGGGGGCAAUAACUGGCCCCUCCGAGGAAGAAAAUGGAGCCUGUGGGAAGGAGGCAUCCGAGGGGUGGGCUUCGUGGCAAGCCCCUUGCUGAAGCGGAAGGGUGUGAGGAACCGGGAGCUCAUCCAUAUCUCCGACUGGCUGCCGACGCUCGUGAGGCUGGCCCAGGGACACACCAAUGGCACUAAGCCUCUGGAUGGCUUCGAUGUGUGGAAAACUGUCAGUGAAGGAAGCCCAUCCCCCAGAAUGGAGUUGCUGCAUAAUAUUGACCCGAACUUUGUAGACUCUUCACCGUGUUCUGGGAACAGCACGAGUCCCGCAAAGGAUGAUUCUUCUCUUCCAGAAUAUCUAACCUUUAACACAUCUAUCCAUGCUGCAAUUAGAUAUGGAAACUGGAAACUCCUCACGGGCUACCCAGGCUGUGGCUACUGGUUUCCUCCACCGUCUCAAUACAAUGUUUCUGAGAUACCUUCAUCAGACCCACCAACCAAGACCCUCUGGCUCUUUGAUAUUGAUCAGGACCCAGAAGAAAGACAUGACCUGUCCAGAAAAUAUCCCCAGAUCGUCAGGAAGCUCCUGUCUCGCCUGCAGUUCUACCAUAAACACUCAGUGCCCGUGCGCUUCCCGGCACAGGACCCCCGCUGUGAUCCCAAAGGCACUGGGGUCUGGGGCCCUUGGAUGUAGGACUUCAGGAAGGCCAGAAAACCUUUCUGUCACACAUUGGACCUCAGCCCUUUACUCUCUUCUCAUUUGUUCUUCCAACCUGGCCCUUCUCUUGCUCCUAAACCACACUGAGGUGUCUAAUUUCAACUCCUAGUGCAUUUAAGCAGCUGAUAAAAUCUGGAACACUCCUGUUGUGUCUACAGGCAGGGGUGGCUGGGCUCAGCCUCUUGCCUAAGCUGCAGGACAGCUGGGAACCUGAUUUGAGAUAGGAAGUUUUCACUGAGUCUGGCAGGCUGGAGCAGCUGGCUCUUUUUGUGUCACAAGUCAGACAUUAGAUUUCCCUACGCCAAUGGCUGGUUUUAUUGGGGUGACUCAUAUUUCUUGCAACAAAUGAAGAAAGCAGACAAUUGUUAAUGGUUCCGCUGGCCAGAGGUUCUCCCUGUCAGUGAGAGAUCAUGUUCAGGCAUUCCAUGUGAAUGCCUCACUCCACCCCCACCCACCCCCGGUCCACCCCUCACUCACUCAUCUCACCACGGAGCAUAAGGCUUGUUUCAUUGUUAAAGUCAACAUGGCAAUAUGCCUACACCUUGGUUUUGGUUUUUACAAUAAAGCAAUGUGUUUUAUCCUACUUCUUCCCCCAGCCAUUGCUCAUUCUGUCUAGACUUCCUGCCACCCUCGACUCCCCUGUGACUCCCUUCCUACCUUUCCUUUGAUGCCAAUGUCCUGUGCCUGGUAAGGCCACUUCAUUUCUCCACUGUGAGCACCCUGAUUUUUGGAACAGUGCUGAGCCCUGCCUUCCUUUUGCCCCUAAUUUAGCUGAAGUCAGAACCCUGCUCAGAGAAGGUAAUCAAGUCAUUCGGUGAGCCAGGCUGGGUGGGAGAUGCUUGGCUCUGUGCCAACUGUUCAUUGAGACUUCACAUAAGUUGCAUGGAGUUUAUCAUCAUGAUUGUGGCUUUAUCUCAUAAUAUAUUAAAGUUGCACUGCUAUUCCUGAGCAGUAAGGAGAAACUCCAGGAAAGAAUGGUUUUGUCCCAUGAUGAUGGAAGUAGGUAGUUUGAAAAAGGAAAUGGCCAGCAUCUGCAAUACUGGGCCUUGGUAAAGCAAAGGAGGGCACAUCCACAUUUCUCUUAUUCUGUUCUGUUGCUUGUAUUGGGGUUCUGAAGUUGAGGGAAAAGGAUGCACAGUUUGACCUGCAGCCCUUUCUCAGUCCCACUAAUGUUCUACUAAUGUGGAUCAGUCCAGAUUAGCUCCAAAGAGUGUCAAACUCAGAGAACAAUGUGCAAAUGCUUAUCACCAAUGCCUGGAAUGGUGCCUGGCACAUGGAAGGUACUCAGUAUGUUUUUUUAAAAAUGAGUGCAUGGACAGAUAAGUAAAUGAGAAGGCCUCACACCAAGAAUAUGCUAGUCCAACGAGCUGAAUACAGGCUUAAUAGAAAUGUCUUCCAACCGUUGCUUUUCUGUUUUCAAGCUGCCCCUCCUGGGGUAGGAGCUUAAUCUGCAUUUCUGGGGAGUCAUAGGACACUCUAUAGCAAGGUCGUAAAGUCCUCUCCAGGGGGAAAAAGGGAACUAUGCCUCCCAAAGCUACUCUCUUGCCAACAGUCCUCAUUUCUAUUCUUCAUAGGACACUGAAAACUCAAACCAAAUAAUAUAGGUCCUUGUAUAGACAUCCUUCAAAUUCAGUAGCAAUAUUUUCUGGUCACUACUAACCUGUAUUUGCAUUAAAAUAAAACUAUUAGAAGGAAAUGGUGCUAAAACUAAUGACAACUAUUACUAACCUUUACCCAACUCCUGAGUUGGCUGGACAAAAUGCCAUCGCCUCUCAUUCAGAAGCCUGUGGCAGAUAGUGUGAAGCAACUGAGCCCAGAUGUUCUUCUGCAUCCUUCUAAUCCCAGGGCUGUAGGUCGCCAUUAAUAUUAUAAGACUGGAGGCCAAUCACUACAUGACACCUACUCGUUCUCCCUGUUGUACUCCUAACAGCUGUCCCCAAUUCUGGUUCCUUGAUUGCAAUGUACAAUGGGGAUGUUCUGUACUCAAUGGAUUUAAAAAAGAGUUUUAAAGACUAAUUUUUUGUAAAACUAUUAUUUGAUAUUUUGUUUU